AGCCUGAAUAAAAAACAAUCAAGCCUCCACACCCUGCAGUCUCUGGAAGUUCCUCCGCAUUCCUGCCAUACACAACACACAAAACUGGGAGGACCGCUCCCUGAGGCUGGUCAGGAGUUUGGAGGGGGAGUGAGCCUGCUGUAGGACCAGAGACCAGAACCUCAUCAUCAACGCUCCCUGCCAGACUCAGCAUGAGUAGGGCAGAUGGUGAUGAAGGCGGAGGUGGCAGCAGUGAAACAGCCCAGCAGACGGAGGAGAAAACUCCCGAGGGGAAGCUCCUGGGCAAACUGAGUGCUACUACUAGUAGCCCCGGCUGGACUAAAGUCAGUUGUCCCUGCUGUGAAUCGCAGCGGGUGGAGCCUCUGGUUCUGGUGAAGCUCGGAGAGAAAGUUCGCCCUGAGACGAAGAGGUGGCUCAUGAGAGUGAUCGGAGCUCCUCAGGAAGAUGGAGGUGCUGCAUUGCUGGCCCACCCGGGCGAGGACGCCACUGGUGACAUCAUCGUGCUCUCAGCCCCACGCUGCACGUUACUGAGAGCCACUGAAGAGCUGGGCCUCUGUAAGACGUACCACUCCGGGGACAUGGAAGCCUUCUCCUACAACGACAGAGACAACUUCAAAGAUUCAGACAAUAUGGAGGCGUUCCUGACCCUGGCGGAGCGGCAGUACAUAGUGAAGUAUGAGCUGGACGGUCUGCGGGCGCAGAGAGACCUGAGAAUCCCCGGCCUGCCUGACAGCUGCACCCUGCAACACCGAAACAACAUCUGGCAGAAGCUCGGGUCAGCUGGUGUUAUUGUGGACACGUUUCCCCUCCACAACCCUCCACAGCUGAAGGAACUCAGUGAAGCCUGGUACUCUGGGAAUCAGCUGGCUCAGCCUCUGGAUUCAGUCAACAGCUACUUUGGAAGCCCCGUGGCGUUCUACUUCAGCUUCCUAGACUUCUACACCUGGUCUCUGCUCCCACCAGCGAUACUUGGCCUUUCGAUCACAUAUUUCUCAGGUGAGGCUCAGAAGGAGAUGGAUGAGUCGGUGUCGGGCUCCCCGGUCCAAAGUGUUGAAGCUGACUCAGGACCAGUUGUCGGUGGUCACAUGAUCCAGGCGGUGUUCAGCAUGCUUUGGUCCACGGUGGUCAUGGAGCUGUGGAAGCGCCGAAGCUCCACCCUGUCGUACCGCUGGGGGACGCUGCACCUCGCCGAGCGCUUCGCAGAGCCCCGACCCGGUUUCCACGGUGACCUCGGGGUCAACCCUGUCACGGGUCGUAUGGAGCCGCUCUUUCCUGAAUGGCAGAGGGACGUGCGUAUGGCCCUGGUGUCAGUCCCCGUGGUGGGGCUCUUUCUAGGGCUGGUGGUAGUGGGUAUGCUUGGUUUCUACUGGGGGGAGGCCCAGGUGCAACAGCUCCACACAGACUGGGACUCCCUGCUGUCUCAGACUCUUCUCUACAUGCCCUCAGUGCUUCACAUCGUCUAUUCAAAUGUGCUAGCAACUGUUUACCGGAGGGUGGCAAAGUCUCUGACUGAAUAUGAGAACCACAGAGAGGAGUCUGCCUACGAGAAGCAUCUCACAGCCAAAGUGUUGGUGUUCACAUUCUUCAACUGCUUUGCAGUGCUCUUCCACAUUGCCUUCUUCAAGCAGGAUGUGCCUUUGCUUCGUAAGCGUUUAGCGUCUUUGCUGAUAAUCACCCAGCUGGUGAACCAGGUGACGGAGGUGGUCAUUCCCUUCCUGGUGGAUCGCUUCAUCAGUGCCCCCCAUAGGACAGAGAGUGAAGACGACCCCCCGGAGGACAAAUUCAGGAACCAAAGCACCCUGCCUGCUUUCCCUGGCUUGUUUGCAGAGUACAUCGAGCUCCUGGUGCAGUUUGGGUACUUGAGUCUUUUCUCCUGUGUGUAUCCUCUGACGGCCGUACUGUUGCUCAUUAAUAACCUAACAGAGAUCAGAUCGGACGCCUAUAAGAUCUGUAAACUCUUCCGGAAACCCUUCACCCCUCCUGUGGCCAGCAUGGGAGUAUGGCGGAUUGCCUUCGAGGUCCUGAGUUUUGCCUCUGUUGUGACCAACUGCUGGCUGUUGAUGCUGUCACCUUGGUUACAAGAGCUUUGUCAGGAGGGGGGGUUGACCGGCACAAACAUCCUUAUGUUGGCUGUUUUAGUCGAGCACUUGCUGAUCUUGGUUAAGGUGGUUUUGGCGGUUCUGAUCCCCGAUGAGCCGGACUGGAUCCGGAAAAAGAUUGAGCAUAUUGAGUUCACAUCCAUGCAGGCCUUGAGAGAGCAGAAGCUGCAUUCAGAGAAGUCUUGAUUAUGUUUCAAAGCUUAUGGUGUUGCUUCACGUGUGCUUGGCUGCUACAACCAGAAGACAGAACCAGCCUCAGUGUUGUGUGGAGCCACAGAGGUUUGAGAUCUCUGCUAGGGCCCAGUGCAUAUCGCUGUGCUUAUAAUGCUGCCUGUGUGCACAUAAGUGUUCCUGCUGCUCUCACUAAUUCACAUGGUGCUUCUGCAAUAUAGACCACUUGAAAUGCGCUCUUGUAAUAUGUAUACUGCAAGUGCGAUGAAAACAGCUGCUAAAAGUUUUUUUUCCAUAUAAGGCUGCAAAUGGAAUGUAUUGGUUAUGUGUGCGGACACACUUUUAAAAGACUAUUGUUAUGACGAGGGAGGUGUUGAAAGGGUUUGUUCAGAUUGAAUGAGAAAGAGAGAAAGCUCUUGUAAAAUCACUAUGGCUACAUUAUGUGCAGUCAGUAUUUUCAGCGUUGCAAGGCCAAAGACAGAACAUUACGUACAUUUGUUUUGUCUGGAGUCUCUUGAAGAGUGUUUUUCUCAGAUCACCUAUUGAUAAUUUUGAUAUAAAUUAGCUACGUUAGUGUUCAGGAUUCCUCAUUAGAGGACAGUAUCAUCACUGCAGGGAUUAUGAGAUAAAAGAUAAUCAUCCCAAGGGAAAUAGCUGUCUCCAGUUGUAAAAGUAUAAGUGGGAAGAGUGCAAAUAUUAAAUUGUGUAAGUCUAUAAGACAAAAAGCAACAAAUGCUUUAAUGUAAUGAGACCUCAGAGAAUAAUCACACAGCAGUGCAGUUACGCUAAGCUACACAGAACGUUUUUAGCAUCUUUUAGCUAUUGUUUAGAUUUGUUGACCUCUAAACUAAAGAAACCAAGGAAGCCAUAAUGAAACCAUUAGCAGCUAAAGGACCAGAUAUUUUCCAGAUGGAGACAAAAAACAGAGCGAAAUAGAGUGACUAUAAGUUAUCAGGGAGACAGAAUACACAGUUAGCCAUGUCAACUUUAUUAAGAGAUACUAUGCUAGUGCUGCGUUUACAGUUAGUUGUGUUAGUUGUGUUGAGCUAUACAAAGAUGUUUAUGGCUCCAUCAAAUGGAGACAAAACAGAUGACAAUCUUUAAACUAAACUUGCAGUGUGUAUUUUCAGUAAAGUAUAUGUUACACAUGAGUUACAGUAAGUGCUCAGUCAGCGUUGACAGGGACAAAAGUCAAAUAAAAAGACAGUGAAGUAUUUUUCACAUUUAUUUAUAAUGUGUUCUAUAAUAAUGGGUUACUGUUACUGUUACAGAGUUGUAAGAAAUCAUGAGAAACACGUUGAGAUUUGCUUCUGGUUGUGUUGGUAUAGCAUUGUGCACUUCUAUUGAUGUCAUUGCCCUCUCCUCAAAUAAUGACACUGUGGUUAUUGUACCUUGGCACAUCUGUAACACAAAAUUAAACAUUAAAUUAUGUUCCAAGA